GCCUUUCCUGUAAACCUGGAUAUUGCAUUUAUUCUUGAUGAUGUAGAUGAGAUGGAAACUGCACAUUCCGAAAAUGUUCAGCAUUUCCUAAGUUCCAUGCUUAACGAGUUUGUGAUUUCCGAAGAGCCAAAAGCUUCCAGUCUUCAUCCUAGAGUGGCUAUUGUACAACAUGCUGGCAGUUAUGGGAAAGAACCGUUUAACCUGGAGUUUGGGAUUUUGGAUUACAACGCAAAAACACUGAAAAAGCGACACAUCCAAGAGUCAUUUGAUCAACCAGAGGUCACCUCCAGCCUUGACCGCACUGUUGAAUGGAGCCUGAAACAUUUCUUCUCAAAUGAUACAAAGCAGGCGACACACAGGGUUAUUUUUAUAAUACUUUCAGCCGACACAAAUAUUGAUGAGAAGAGAUUGCUGGAAAUAUCACAAGAUAUCAAAUGUAAAGGAUUUGCUGUCUUUGCAUUGGUUCUCGGAGAGCGAUCCAACGUUGCAGCCCUGAAGGAGUGUGUCAGUUCUCCUCAGGAUCAACAUUUAGUCCAUCUGCACAGAGCUCUGGAGAUGGAAAUGGAAUAUGCACAAAGGUUUGCAGUAGCCUUCCUGAAAAACCUGGAAGCUGGAAUUAACAACUAUCCGCCUCAAGCCAUGAAGAAGGAAUGCAACAAAAAAUAUUCUCAGCACAUGGAAGAAAAGGAAACAUUUCUCAAUGAACCAGUGAAUAUUAUGGAAGAAGUUGAAGAACAGAAAGAUGAAAUCAAUGCCUAUGCUCCAGCUGUGUGCGGAUUGAGUAAAGAUCCAGGGAAUUGCGACAACCAUUCCUUAAAAUGGUACUUUGACAAAACAUUAAGGAGCUGCAGAAGGUUCUGGUACGGUGGCUGUAAAGGAAAUGAAAACAGAUUUGACACAAGGGCAGAAUGCGAAGCCCUGUGUCUAACAUCUUCCUUCUAAAUACUGCGGUGGUAUGAUUAUGGAUAAACACUCAGUGAUAACAGGCAUGAAAUUCCAGUGUACAUGUCAUUUUCUAUUUACAUAUACAAUACCUUAUUCAUAUUGGCGCUCAGGGUUUUAAGUACGUACCACUGUGUUGAAUAAUAAUUAAUAGACAGGAUAUCCCCAUUUACACUCUCGUAAAGGAGGAAAGCCUACAAUGGAUAUGGACAUCUUUCUUCUGUGUUUUGUUUGUUUGCAAAAGUAAAAGAGCAGGUGGAUGGCAGAAAGAUUGUCCAGAAAUAAUUGAGCAAAUAGUUUACACAACUUUUUUAAGUCAAAAAAUUUGCAAUCAAAUAAGACCAAAUGAAGGGACCUAAUUCUUCCUCUCCGGACCUUCCAGGAAGACUCCCAAUUCUGCUGGGAGGCUCCACACUCUAGAGCAGGAAGUCAGAAACAGCAGCAAUGUUGCUAAUAUCAGGAGCACCAUGCUGAGCAUGAGCUAGAAUCUUGAAAACGUUAAAUUAUCCGUAUGUUUGUGUAUCCGUGUGUAUGUGUGUCCAUGUGCGC